UUUUGGAGGCAAGCCAUUAGGACAGUCCUAGCAGCGCAAAUGCCUCGGGGAUGAGUUGGGGAGUGGGGACGAACUUGUAGGAUAGAUGCCCCCUCUCUGUUGGGGCGCAACUUCCAACAGUGCCCUAGUCUCUAUCGCCAACUUCUCUGAUGUUGGUGAUCAAUCACACUUGAAGUCUCUACGGUACAGGAGACCCUGCUCUCCACUCAUGCUCCCUGCAGUGACAGUCUCUCAACCAGGGCACCCUGCUCUGCUCGGACCUGGAGCGGGGACGCACUGCAGACUGGCCCUGGAGGAAUUAGAUGACUGCAGCCAUACACGACCCCAGCCCUGAGGCCCACGCUACCCCCACCUCUCAGCUCUCGGCUCCUCGGGCUCCCACUCGGAGGCCGGCGCUGUGCUUGGCCGCUGUUCAGCCCGCGCUCCCCGCUUUCCCCCUCCCCCUACUGCUCCGGGUCCCUGGAGGCUCAGCGGCUGUUGGAACUGGAGGUGGAGCCGAGCCCAGGGCCGCCUCGCAGGAGGGAAAGUUCAGCGGCAGCAGGGGAGCAGCGUAGCCGAGGGAUCCGGCUCCGCUGUCUGCAGUGUUGCCUGGGGUUCCAGGAACAAACCAUUUGGUUCCCUCACCCUUCUCACGGCGUGUGUAAGUCUCAGAGGAAGCUGCUAAAGUCCCAGACGCAGUAGGAAAGGAAGAAUAGAGGAAGGUGUGCCUCUUCCCUUUCAAGGAUGCCUUCAGGAUAUCUCAUCCAACCUUUAGCUUAUACCCCACUCACCAGAGUUCAGCCACCUGGUCACAUUUAGCUCCAAGACUGUGGAGGAAAUGUAACCUGAAGCCUGAAUAGUGAUGAGCCCAAGCUGAUUAUUGUGAUUCUUGUCUAAAGUACCAAAGGCACUCCAUGACCUCUGUCACUCCAUUUUUAUGACAUCUGUCAGGAGCUAUUGCAUCAUACCUGGAGGGACCAGUGCAGCAGCUAUGGACCAGAGAAGGAAGUAGGCGGAAAAGGAGGACACCAUAGCCUGCCUGUGUAGACCUGGGAGGGUGAGGAGCUGAGGCCGAAGCUCCUUCUGUCUUGGUCUUCUUGGAAGGUCGGUCUACACAUUCAACUCUCUUCUUGCUGCAUUUCGUGACACCACAGCCUUGGGGACUUUCAAUUGCCUCCCAGUGGCUAGAGAACAUUUGCAGCUUUCAAAACCGCUCCUUGCUUAUCGAGCAGAACACCCGGUGGCAACAGAGAAGGUUCCUUGAACAUGCAUGACAGAUUGGAGAGUUGCCAUGUGGAUCUACAGUCCUCAGUGUGAGAAGCUUUAAACAAUCAUUUCUGUGGCUGGAAUCUUCAAAUGAUCUACUUUUUAUUGCCUCUGGAGCAUAACCAGUGUAAAGGAAGUAUAUGGAAGCACACAAGCAACUGAAUAGAAGCAAGAGCUUGAGGAGAGCUUUGUUUUCGUGGUGGCGCUGAGCUGAACACGGUGCUAGCAGAAGGGGGCGGUACUUUCCCUCUGGACCCUGACUUGGAAGCCAAGUGCAACUCCAGCGCAGUCACCACCAGAAGCAGAUGUGCGAGCGGAACAGCUGUGCGCCUUUCUUUCUGCCGAGGUUCCCUCUCAUCUUCAGCAUAUCAGAAAGGCUAUGAUGGGAACGAAUGAAGGAACUUGGAGGCUCCACUUGACUGACUGUUUCUGUCUAGAAAAUCUUCCCUUGGAAGCAAGAGAGCCGUCUCAUGUAAUGGCUGACUUCUAAAGACAGGCCAUGUUCUAGAAGGAAAUAGGUGAAAUUGGUUCUGGGAACUUCAGUGGCACUGUGGUCUAACCAGAAAAGCCCGUGUUGGGGGCCCUUCUGGUGCCCUGGGAUGUUGCAUACUCUGGACCUGGAUGCAUGGCCUGCACCUGAGUGAGAAUGGUCCGCCGCGGGCUGCUGGGGUGGAUUUCUCGGGUAGUGAUUCUGCUGGUGCUGCUCUGUUGUGCCAUCUCUGUCCUCUACAUGUUAGCCUGCACUCCAAAAGGCGACCAGGAGCAGUUGGGACUGCCACGGGCCAAUGGACCCACAGGCAAAGAUGGCUACCAAGCGGUGCUGCAGGAGCGCGAGGAACAGCAUCGUAACUAUGUGAAUAGCCUUAAACGACAGAUAGCUCAGCUAAAGGAUGAACUGCAGGCACGCAGUGAGCAGUUCCGCAGUGGGCAGGACCAGGCCAGCGAUGCCACCAGCCUGCGCUCAGGCUGGGACCGUGAGCCCAAAGCCCAGGCCGAUCUGCUGGCCUUCCUGCGUGGACAGGUGGACAAGGCCGAGGUACAUGCCGGUGUCAAGCUGGCCACGGAGUAUGCUGCUGUGCCUUUUGAUAGCUUCACUCUGCAGAAAGUAUACCAGCUGGAGACUGGCCUGACCCGCCACCCUGAGGAGAAGCCAGUGAGGAAAGACAAGCGCGAUGAGCUGGUAGAAGCCAUCGAAUCGGCCCUGGAGAGUCUAAACAGCCCUGUGGAGAGCAGCCCACACCAGCGUCCUUACACAGCUGCAGACUUCAUAGAAGGGAUUUACCGAACCGAAAGGGAUAAAGGCACUUUGUAUGAGCUGACCUUCAAAGGGGACCACAAGCAUGAAUUCCAGCGACUUGUCCUAUUUCGACCUUUUGGCCCCAUCAUGAAAGUGAAAAAGGAAAAACUCAACCUGGCCAACACGCUUAUCAAUGUUAUUGUGCCCCUAGCGAGGAGGGUGGACAAGUUCCGGCACUUCAUGCAGAACUUCAGGGAGAUGUGCAUCCAACAGGAUGGGAGAGUUCAUCUCACCGUUGUUUAUUUUGGGAAAGAAGAAAUGAAUGAAGUCAAAGGAAUACUUGAAAACACUUCAAAAGCUGCCAAUUUCAGAAACUUCACCUUCAUCCAACUGAAUGGAGAAUUCUCCCGGGGAAAGGGACUGGAUGUUGGAGCCCGCUUCUGGAAGGGAAGUAACGUCCUGCUCUUUUUCUGUGAUGUAGACAUCUACUUCACCUCGGAGUUCCUCAACACUUGUAGGCUGAACACACAGCCAGGGAAGAAGGUAUUUUAUCCGGUUCUGUUCAGUCAGUAUAACCCCGGCGUAAUCUACGGCCAUCACGAUGCAGUCCCUCCGCUAGGACAGCAGCUGGUCAUAAAGAAGGAAACAGGAUUUUGGAGGGACUUUGGAUUUGGGAUGACAUGUCAGUACCGGUCAGACUUCAUCAACAUAGGUGGAUUUGACCUGGACAUCAAAGGCUGGGGUGGUGAAGAUGUGCACCUGUACCGGAAAUAUCUCCAUAGCAACCUCAUAGUGGUCCGCACACCUGUACGGGGACUUUUCCACCUGUGGCAUGAAAAGCACUGUAUGGAUGAACUGACCCCUGAGCAGUACAAGAUGUGCAUGCAAUCAAAGGCUAUGAAUGAAGCAUCCCAUGGGCAGCUGGGGAUGCUUGUCUUCCGGCAUGAAAUAGAGGCUCAUCUUCGCAAACAGAAGCAGAAAGCCAGCAGUAAAAAGACAUGAUCUCCUAGGCACAGAUUAGCAUAGACAUUUAAUUUUUUUUGCCUUUGGCAGUUGCUGAAGAAGUAGAUGCAACAAAGAGCAACAAAGUAUCUGACUGGUGAGGGAGAGAUGAAAGAAGAGUCUCAUCCCGGGAUUCUGUUGGCUCCGUGUAUGGUGACGCUGACUGUGUUUUCAGCAAAUGAUCUCUCUGGUUCCUGCUCACUGAAAUAUUCACAACCUCAGACCAGUUUUGUAGAACGUUUACUAGAAUGAGAUGCAAACACAUUGAAUUGGUUACAUCAGAGGGCUUUGGUACUACCAGGACUACCAAAGUCUCAGACCAAGCAGAGGAUCUAUGUGAGAAAUGGAGAUCUCUGACAUUAGCGUCCUCCAGGAGAUAGUGAGCAAAAUCAAAGGGCCCUGGAAACACACCAUGGAAACUGUAAUUUCCCCAGUAUUAACCAAAAAAACAAAAAAACAAAACCACCACCACCAACAACAAAAAACCCUCUCUUUCCCAUUAUUGUUUAGUCAUCUUUAUUCUAAAAAUGCACUUUUGUUUUUGCUUCUGAGUGUUAUGCUUAUUUAAUUACCCAUUUGCAAGCCUUAGUAGGAACAUAUUGUAGUAUAUACAAUUCUAUGAUUUUUUAAAAAAGAUUUUAUUUUAGUUUUUGUUGUUUUUGUUGAUUUGUCUACUUGAGACAGUCUUGUCACAGAGCCCGAGAUAAACUUGAAAUUAUGAUCCUCCUGCCUCUGAAGCCUGAGUGCUGAGAUUAAAGGUGGGUGCCACCACAGCUGGCAAGAAGAUACAUGCAGAGGAGUGGGAGGAAAUCCUCUAGUUGCAAGCUCCUGGAGAUCUGAUCUAAGGACUGGCCAAUCUCAGACCACGCUAAGGCUAUGUGUGGGGUUGGGGAGAGAAAGGUAUCAAGAAACUAUCUAAGACUGUCCAAAGAGGAACAAUCAAACACUGGAGAAAGAAAAAGACACUUUCCUCUUCACAAAAAGGACACUAAGAAGCCCUUGGUAUAUUUACUAGAGAACAUAAUUUCUCCUCUGGAGAAGUGGGGACCACUUUCUUACCUGUUUGAAUAAACCAAAGUUAUGAACCAAACAAUCACUUUUCAAAACAGGGUGCUCUUCUUGGUCUCUGGUUUGCAUAAGAAGAAAACGCAGGAAAUAUAUAUCUAAAUAUAUAUUUUGAAAGACCAAUCCGUUAAUCUAGUGAGACGGAAGAUUUUGCUACAUUUCCAUUCACUCCUGGCUAUGUGGGAGCAACUUAUUUUUAAAAUAAGCAAUGUUACUGAUUGCUGGGACGUUUCUGAAGCAUUUUCUUAUAACUCCAAAUUCUUUUUUUUUAAAUAAUAAAAUCUGAUUAACAUUGAGUGGUUUCUACAUCCAUAUGCAAACUAUUUAUUUAUUAGCCAGCACCGGAUGCAUGAGCUGAUCAUCUCUCCUGUCUCUGUGCCUUCUGUCUGCCCACAGUGAACUCAUUGUUGAAAUGCUUCAAGAACACUCAAGCUGUGUGUUAUAAAAAAAAAAAAAGGAAAAAGAGCAUUGUAUUGAUUUGUACUGGUAGUUUAUAAAAUUUAAUUAAAACACAAGACAUGAAUGGAAGGUGGCAUUGCACAGCUAAUAAAAUCUGUGAAUUUGAUUUCUUUCCGUAA